AAAAAUGGAAGCGAUAUUUCACGCUCCAAAACGGAGACCAAGGGUUUACGAAGCUUUUGAAGCACCUCUUCCUGUCCCGUUCGGUACAGACUCUGGUUUAGAGCGGGUUGAAAUAUAUAAAGCUGAAAUUAUUAAUCAGCAUGUGAUAGUCAGAGACAGCGAACACAUUCAGGCUCUGUAUGGAAGGGGUUAUUUUGGGAAAGGAGUUCUGUCCAGAAGUAGACCAGCACACAGUUUAUCCAAACGGUGGGAAUACGUAAGUGACAAAUGUUUACCUGUCAUCUCCUUAGAGAAAUACCAGAAGCAUGUGAGGUGGGCGCGCUCUGCUCUCCUGGCUCAGGGAUUGGAUGAAGAUGUUAUCAGUCAGGUCCUAAGUGAGCUCACACACCCCAUACAGCCAGAUUUACAAGAACACCACGGUGAGGUCAGCUCUGAGGAAAUUCAAGAACCGGGAGCAUCUCGGGCACCGUCUUCACAUCAGGACCACCCGAUGGAGGAUGCUUUUACUGAACAAGACUGUGAGGACUCCGAACCUUCUAAAGCUAAGAGACCUCGCCGACAGGGAGAUCAUCGGUACGAUCCUCUAGCUGAGCUCUAUCCUGAAGAACCUGAACAGUUGGACCCGAACGUACUGGCCAGGAUUAAAUGUAAACGUCACGAUGACUGGAUCGUUCACUGUGGCUGUCGUGUGGAUGAGAGUGAAUUAAUACGUGGUGCAUCAGUGUCGGCUUCGCAAGCCUGUGCUGCAUCCAUCGCUCAUGGAUAUGUUCUGGUGGAGGAACCUGAUGAAGAUGAUGAUGAUGGAGAAUCUGAUCAGAAUGACAGGAAGUGCAGGCUGGUUUGCAGAAUCAACCCGUUCAGCAUGAUCGAGUAUCUGCAGCUCAGUUAUGAAGAGGCUUUCUUCCUGCUUUAUGCACUUGGAUGCUUGUCGGUUUACUCUGACGGGAAACAUCUGACCAUUCUUCAGGUUUGGGAGUUGUUUCGGUCGACGCAGCCCAGCUUCGACACCACGUACGCGGCCUAUCAUUACUUUCGCAGUAAAGGAUGGGUGCCAAAGUCUGGCGUUAAAUACGGCUCAGAUUUUGUGCUCUAUUGGAAAGGGCCGCCAUUUUAUCAUGCAAGUUACUCGGUGGCCGUGGAGCGAGUAAACGAAUCGUACCAGGGUGCCGGACUGAGACCGUUCAGCUGGAGAUCUCUGGCUGCUCUGAGUAGAACCACCGCUAACGUCUCGAAGGAGCUGAUGCUUUGUUACGUCAUCGUCCCGUCUGACGUGCAGCCUUUAUCAUCACCGGAGCUCCUGAGGCAGGUCAAAGUCCAGGAGAUCAUCGUGAGCAGGUGGAUUUCUUCACGAGAGCGAGCAGAACAGGAGGACAUUUAGAAAUUCAGCUUCUGUCCUACAGUGAAAUGUACCAACCAGCUCUUUAAUAAACUCCUCCUCACCAGUGAGCCUUGAUAUCAGCUCUGUGGUCACCAGUCAAAACAAAGCUACAGUAAAGAAGAGAAAGAAGGGCGCCGGGGUAGCGCAGCAGUAAACUACGCUAACCCAGUGCUGCUGAGAUCUAGGGAUCCAGGGUUUGAAUCUCAACGGUGCUAUCGGCCAGACGGGCGUCUACAUGGACGUGAUUGGCUAAUGUCUGGGGGGGAAAUGUGCACUCUCAGUGCCGAUCCCAAGGCUGGAUAAAAAAUAGGAGGGUCAGGAAGGGCAUCCAGAGUAAAAACAGCACCAGGUCUGGUAUUAGGACCAGAUCUGCAGUGGCGACGCCUAAAUACAGGAGCAGCUGAAAGAAAAAUAUAAAAUAUAGGCAGUAUUUCACUUGAAUCUUAAUUUUUCUGCUUUAAAUAGUGUACGCAGCAGUCAAAAGAAAUUUUACAGCCUGAUCAGGGUCACGGUGGGUCCGGUUUGCCUAGAAUUACUGUGCGCCAACAUAGCCAAUCACGUCUGUAUGUAGACACCCGACCAGCCGACAGCACCACCCGGGAUUCGAUCCCUGAACACUGCUGGGGAGUUGCGCUACAGUGGGCAAACCAGACCCACCGUGACCCUGACCGGGCUGUAAAUUUUUUUUGACUCCUGCUUACACCACCUGAAGCUCUGAAAUUUUAUUCUGUAAUAUUAUGUUUAGUUAAAUAUACAGACAGAACGGGAAGGAAGGGGGCGAAUACUUUUUCACACUCCUGUAUAACACGAGAUGUCAUGUUAGCGCAGUGCUUGAUCCUCACAGCGAUGCUAAGAAUCGAGGUUGGUUUUAGGACACUUGUCCACCCCGUGACUCUCCUCUCCGCCUGUCCGUGAUGUAGAAGUGAUGUUUGCUGAUCUCCUGACACAGUGCGCUGUAUUUUGAAGCUCUCUUGACCCGCGGCAGGACGAACGUCUGGGUGAACUCGUCCUUGCCGAGGGCUUUCUUGGUCUGGGUGGCCAGGACGCAGUUGAUGAACGUCAGUGUGAAGGUGUAGCAGUUAUGAUCCUCCUCGUUAAAGCUGCAGAGGAACCACGGAAAUAAUCAGAGUCUGAAUAAACCUGGCCAAAAGUA